CAGAACAUAAAUCUGCUUGUGAACUUUGACGGCUUUGACUUCUGCAAAUCCAAAACCAGCCCCCGCCUCCAUCCCCGCUUUUCUCUUCUUACUGGAGAAGCAUAACGACAAUUUACGCAAUGGCGAAUCAGUCCUCUUCGUACCCUAUUAUCUGUGCUUCUUUCAAUCAGGACAACAGUGCGUUUGCGAUAAGCACGAAGGACGGUUUCAAAGUAUUUGAUUCGAGCACCGGAAGACUCUGUUAUGAACGAGUUGUUGGAGCUUUUGUUAUUGUUGAAAUGCUGUAUGGCUCUAGUCUUCUAGCCAUCGUUGGAGCUGGUGAACAGCCAUUUUUGUCACCACGUCGUCUUUGUUUAUUCAAUACCACAACUGGGACUGCUCUUAGGGAGUUGAAUUUUUUGACUUCAAUACUUGCUGUUCGCUUGAAUAGAAAAAGACUUGUUGUUUUGUUGCAAGAAAAAACGUAUAUUUAUGACUCAAAUAGUCUUUCCAUAUUGGACACCAUUGAUACAGUUCCAAAUUUAAAAGGACUUUGUGCAUUCUCUCCUUGUCUGGACAGUUGCUUCUUGGCUAUUCCUGCAAGUACAACCAAAGGAUCUGUUUUGGUGUACAAUGUUAUGGAUCUCCAUUCAUAUUGUGAGAUUGAUGCUCAUCGUGGACCAUUGGCUGCAAUUGUUCUUUCUUCCAAUGGGAUGUACAUUGCAACAGCAUCUGAACAAGGAACCAUAAUUAGAGUUCAUCUAGUCUCAGAAGCAACUAAGCAGUCAUAUAGUUUCCGAAGGGGGACAUACCCAUCAACAAUAUUUUCCUUGUCAUUUGGACCAUCAAUGCGGCUUCCAGAUAUUCUAGUAGCCACAAGUACUUCGGGUACUCUUCAUGCUUUCUCUCUGGCAUUGGCUAUAAAUCAGAGAAGUAGAAGAUCAAGUAGUUUUCUGGGAUCAGUUUUACCCAAUUCUCUGACUGAUGCCCUGGAUCCAGCUCAUCAUCAUGUGCUUCAUAAUGCUGUUUCAGCUGGAGUCAAAAGCUGUGCAGUGGUUCGCAAGAUAGAGAAGGUUCCUGCUUCUUCCUUAUCCAAGGCUGUAGCUUGUAGGUUCACUAUCUCAGUAGUAACAUACAACGGAUAUUUCCAAGAAUACACCUUAACCAUCAACAAUCAGAACGAAGCCGUGUGGGCUUUGGAGCGCGAGUUUAAUCUUUCAACAGCGACUCAGGCACUAUCAAAGAAAUCAUGAGUAUUGGCUGCUAACUUAUUUUUUCAGCUCAGAAAGAUUGUACUACUAUUUAUAAACACUAGUUGGGUGCAAGUUCACUAAUUGUAAUUGUAGAAUAGCCUACGAGAUUGAAUUGCUUUUGGGUAUGCUUGAGAGUUGGGAAAAGAGAUUUAAGGGGUGGGAAUUCUUACAUUAUUGUUAUUAUUAUUUUGCUUGGCUGUUUAAAGGCAUUAGGGAGGGGAGAGAGAAGUAAAGAGAAAAUAAGUCAAGGUUCUCUGGUUUGUAAGUGAAGAGGAAUGUAAAUAUUUACUUAUAACUAUUUUUGUCUUUGAUAUGUUUGAUUUAUAUCGAUAUAUAAAACCAGGACUUCAAAAUA